AGCUCUCCAAAUAACAACUAUGGAUGAGUUUGAGCUGUUUCAACAGCUCAACCAAACAGCCCCACUCGUUAAAACGGAGGAGCCAGAAGUUCCAGAUGAGUUUCAGCAAGCGAAUAACAAUCAAAGCGCUCCACUGCGUACAGGAUUAUCUGAUCUCAGUCAUGAGAUAGCAGCUGCCAAACAGAGAGAAGAAGAGGAGGCACAACGGCUUGCUGAUUUUAUGCAAAAGGAUAUGAAAGAGCCUGCUGUCAAGAGGAAGAGAGGAUCAGAAGAAUAUAAAAAAGAUCCUCUUGAAUCGAAAGCUCCGUUAUCCACAUUUGGACACUCUUCCCGACCCCGUAGAUCAGUAAACUACGCGAGUAUUGAACGAGGUGACGAAGCUCAAGCUCAGUCACUGGUUACCGAUUUUGGAAGCCGAGGGAACCGGAAAAAGCCGAAAAGAACACGAGAUGAGCUGGACGAAAAUUAUAUGGAAGAAAAUGAGGGUAAUUCUGGCCGAAAGAAGAAACCUAAUGCAAAAGGCGCAUCCCGUCAAUUUCAAGUUCCGGGUUUACCAACCUAUGCUAGUCAAUAUUCAAGACCUCCAAAACAAGAAGAUGUGUUUAAAACGAUUGUCCCAUUAGCAGAAGAUGCGCGAGCAGAAGGUGAACGAGUAAUUGGAUUCCGACUAGAUUCACAACCUGCUGUACGGAGGGCUUCUGGAGGAUUUCGACGGUUUUGUGCAUGGCUCAGUGAUAACCAGAUUUUUUCGAUAAUGCAAACUGUCGAUAAACUUUGUAUCGUUGGGGCAAAUAAUGAAGAUCAUGACGAAAUCCUAUUGAAAAGUAUUCGUCAUGUAUACAAUGCAAUGCCUCCAACGUUUCGUCGUGAUUGGGAGUAUGCUGCAAGGAAGGAUGUGUUCGAUUCAAGACUUUUUGUUCAAAAUAUGCCGAUGCCGCUUUCCGAAAUCUCGGUCACGGACCCGCGUCAUCCGCCAAGUCCGAUUGCGCGCGGGACAACUGUUCGCCCAAAUUGCUGUGAAAAUCAGCCAUUGUUCUUAAAUAUGUGUGAAACUAUUGAACACUACCUAGGACAUCAUGACGUGGUUCACCUUUUCGGAUGUGAUAUCUGUUACAGAGUUUAUCCGUCUCGAUAUGAAUUAACUAAACACGAUUGCAAAGAGUUUGCGGAGUACCUGCGUCAAUUAACUUUCAAACAGCAAACUUUACAUCUUGAAGCCGCGUACAUGUACCUCUGCUGUUCUCAGUGCGGAUUGUGGCUGUCGGUAAAACCAUCAGGCGAAGGAAAGAAAGGAUGGACGUAUUUUGCAACUGCAUUGAUGAACCAUUCUUGUCAACCGUUGGUUCCGGUCGUUGCUUACUUCCCAAAACCGUUGAAAGAUGAAGGGAAAGGAAUACGAAUUCAAUUUCAAGUGAUGUCUGAACUAAACAUUGGACUUCCGCUGAGUUGUUCUGAAUGUAACAUUGAAGAAUUUCAUUCUGUUGUUGAAAUCGAAGAGCAUUUCAAAGAAAAACACGAGGCUAAUCAUACCUGUAUAAAAUGCGGAAAAACAUUUGGAACCGAGUUUAUGUUGAAACAUCACGCGCAAUCACAUACAACUCAAACCGCACAGUUCGCCAACUAUUUACAAAUGUCGGCUACUUACCAACCACCACCGAGUUCUGGACGUUUGCCAUAUGUCGGUUUUGGAUCGAGUAUUCCUGCGAUCGGAGGACUCACUAGCGGAGAAGUACAAGCUCUUGAAGCAUCAGAAAACAAAAAAAGUGAAUUUGUAGAGCCAGAUGAGUACACUAUCCGCAAAAAACUACUUCGGUGGAAGCAUGCAAAAACUAAGAAGGAAAAUCGUAAUAUUACUGAUAGUAACGAGAAGGAAUUUUCAUACGAACCGGGAGAGUCCUCUGGUGAAGAAGAUUUUCAGAAAAGUCUUCUAGAACAAGAUAAUCAAUCUUCGUCUUCUUCUGAUUCUGAUUCCGAUAGUGAUGAUUUCACAUCAAGCAAACAAAAGAAGAAAAGAAAUAUCAAGAUUCGUGGAGAUUUGGGAUAUGAACAUAUUAAUAGAAAUAAGUUUUUCGAGCGGCCCGAAUCGGAAAAGGAGGCUAGAAAACGAAUUGAAAAAGUAUACAAGAAGCACGUUUUAUUGUCCAGAGAACGUCUUCUUGAUCCUGAAGAAGCGCUGAGAAUACUAGAGGAAUCUCGCAUGGUGCAUCUGAAUUCAAUCCAAAGUACCCUAGCGGACGAUAUUGCAAUGAGUUGCAUUCGAACUAUAUCACUUCCUGCAUCGAAUUGUAUAGACCCAUUGAAGGACUUGCUGCUGGUUAACAAAAUCUUCUACUUCUGUACCAAAUGCAACUAUAUUUUCUCCAAAGAUCCAGUAGUACAUUGCUUGAGCUGCGAAGUUACAGAGGACGAUCUUAUCGAAGUUUAUCAUGCUGCAUCUGGUCCACACGCAGGUGUUCGGUGCAUCGAUCCCGAAUGCAAAGCUCACCUAUGCUCCGUGAUAUCCUUGAAAACUCAUCUCAGUGAUGUACAUUCCAAGCAAGCAACGCUUGAAUUAGUUUCCGGUGAACUCGAUAAUUUCUCUGAAAAUCGAUUUGAUCGAUCGCUUAUGUUGAUGGCAAAACAUUUCACUCAAUUACAAUUCGACGAAAGAACAUAUCUUGCUCGAUUCACCGAUAUUGAAUGCUUCAUGCCAUUUUCUGGAUUAUUGGAGGCGAAAGAUCAACCACGUCCCAUGCCGAUCAGGCAGCAGCCACAACAAAUCAAACCUGCGUACAGUUUGGUACGACCAGAUAUUAUUGCACCCAAUGAACUUAUGCGUCCAUAUACACUUACACCUGCAAUCCGACCAGGACAACGUAUCAAACCGUAUAAAGUUCCGAGAACUUCUCGUUGGUACUCUUGUUCGUGGUGUGAUCGGGAAUAUGAAAGCCUCAACCAGUUCGUCGAUCAUCUCACACGCUUCCAUACCCAUCCUUGCCCAUCAUGUGGAAAAGCAUUUUCCAGUCAAAAUACACGAAGGACCCAUGUGUGCUCCAGACUAUUCGCUGAAAUAAAAGGACGAGGAGCAACACUCUGCGGGCAAUGCCCUUCUUGUCCGGAGAUUCAUCAAGUUGAACGUAUUUUUGUGCACAUGCUAAAUCGACAUUUUUCAACGAUUGAAUAUGUUCUUGCAACUGGAGAACUUCUUCCACCAGCAAGAGAUGUAGGAAUUCGAUAUAAUCAUGGAGAGAAUGGAGGAUAUGGUCGUAGCUAUGAAUCAUUGAGAGCCAUCGAGCAAUCUGUUGUUGAUCCAAGAAGCCCGGAUUAUCGAUUGAAACAAGUUAAAAUCAGUGCAUUGCCAAUUCAUGGUGUUGAAUUGAAUCGACUUCCAGCAAGAGAUCCACCUAUGGGAUCAUUUACUGUAUGUCCUCCAAAAGAUAAGAAUAUUGAUCCUCGAUUAAUGUGCUACAUGUGCGAACUGACGUUCGACUCGUACGAUGAGCUCACGCAUCACAUGGACGAUCAUCCAGAAAAAUGGGCUAACUGCCCGUUCUGUGCUGCGAAUACUCCGACACAUUUCGAUCUUCAGAAACAUUUGAUUCAAGAACAUGUGGUGCAGAUAUCUGGACAAGCUUGCUGCGCAUUCUGUCAAGAACAUCACCGAUUUAUGUCAUCCCAUAUUUUAUUCCGAUGCAAACGUGUAUCACGAUGCACCAUUUGCGGGGUAAAAUCCAAUGAUCCACUUGCAAAUCGAGUUCAUAUUCAACGUUCACAUGCUCUCACACUUCGACGCUUCCAAUGUGCAUACUGUAUCAAAGUCUUCGUCAGUGUUGGAGAGUACUACGAACACGAAUGUGCAAGCGGCGGUGGGCGAGUCUAUUCAUGUACUUGCAGUCCUAACAAGUUUUUCAACUCACCCAUCGAGUUUUGCGAUCAUUUUGAUUCGGUGCACAUUCUUAGAAACAAGUGUCAGCUUUGCUCGUACGAUGCACCAUCACAAGACGGAAUGGUCAAGCAUAGAAAAACUCAUAUGAGAUCUGGAUGUCCGAAAGAGCAAACAAAGAAGCUUUUCAUUCUGAUGAAGUGCCUGUUCCCGAAGCACAACAGCGGAUACAUGCGUUUUAUUGAAGGUGGUCCAGUACCAGCAUCCUAUCAAGAUGUCGAUCGUAGUCAAAUGAAUUAUCUUAUGUGCAACAUGGGAACCGUGUCUCCGUCGUGUCAUAAAAGUUACGCACAAGCUCCGCGCACAUUGCUGGAAGCUCUUGAAGGAGUGGCUUCUGAUUCAAGAAGCGGUGGAUUACAAAAAGUUGUAAAUGUGACAACCAGAAUGAACGAACCGUCAUCUAGUGACGUCAUAAUGCUCAGCGAUGAUGAAGAUGAUGAUUGCGUUGUGUUUGAGAAGGCUGUACCAAAUGGAGUUGCGCAAGGAAGUAGCACUUCAACUCCUAAUCCAGAGAGUUCAAUAAAUUGUGAAGUUCGCGUGGAAACAAGUCAAGCUGGAUACGGAGGUGCCCAACAACCAGGUUACGUGGAUGAAGAUGAUACUGAUUUGGAGGUUGCACAAGGAGGAAAAUCACCUUAUGGUGAGCCAGUUGUCAAGGAGGUGGUUGAUGAGAAUGGUGAUGAUGAGUUGGCAGUAGUUGCUGAGGUUGAAAACUCAACCGGAACGCUACCAUCCAGCAUUUCUGCUGGACGUGAAAAGAAGUUCAAAUGUCAAAAAUGUUCACUGGCAUUCUAUACGAACGGUUCUCUCGAGUCACAUAUGAGAGAUCACCGACAAGAUGCAGGAGCACAAUUGUGCACCGAAACUUAUGGAAUUCCUGUCGUGACAAAAGCGUCGUGGCUGUGCAGAAAUUGUUGUGUAGUGUUUGAGAAUCAACCAAAAUAUCAGAAACAUAUGGCUAUUCACGGAGACACUUGUCUUACUUGUAUUCAUUGUUCUGGAAUUGCAUUCAACCAUACUGCUAUUCAAAAUCACAUGAAAUCUCAUGAAGAGAAAAAAGUCCGAUAUUCGUGUGGAACUUGUCUAUGUACCUUUGCAUCUGAUUUGGCUCUCUUUGAUCACUUGAGCGUUGCUCAUGGCGUCAGCUUGUAUUAUUUCUGCAAAGUUUGUGGAUUUGGAUCUACGAGUGCCGAUAGUGUAUUUCAACACAUUUCUAUUCACAAUGGACAUAAUUACUCUCUCGUUCAAAGAUUCGGUGCCUGUCCGGCACAACUUCUCAAUUACGAUCCGACAGAUGAACUCGAGUUUCGAUCACAAAUUUUGAAUAAGACGAUUCAACUAGUAUCUCCAUCUGAUUGUUCUCAUCGAUCAAUGCUGUUACAAUGUGAAACUGUGGUAUCGUGUAAGACUUGCCACUGCACUCAAGCCUGGUUCAACUAUAUGGCGUUCAACAAUCAUAGCGAAGAAACUGGUUUCCCACAGUUCAAAAACGUUGACUUAGCAAAUGACUAUCGUAGAGAUUUCCCACUUUCACGCCAUCUCAAUGAACGAAACGCUCUAAGUAUGUCCCAGUUCGGAAAUGCAAAGCAUGGAUCAGCUAAUCAUUCUCAUGGACAAGCACAACCUAACAAACGAACAUUCCGACAUGAAGUACCAUACAGAACUGCUGCUCCAAGAUCAUCUCUUCAAACCAACGGAUCUUCUAUGGGAUCUGUUACCACCAAUGGAGGCAGAGUUGUACGCCCCUCGCCACCUAACUCUAUGAAUGUCACCUUGAGAAGAGCUCCACCCCAACAAGCUCCACCUAGGCGUAUAGUGAUUGCUAAUUCUGCACCAAAUAAUACAAAUGUGCUGAGGAAUCACGUGGCAGUCACAACAAAGUGCCAAUUCAAGGAUUGUGAUAAAGUUCUUCAUUCGGAAUUUGAUCGUCAACUUCACUCCAUGCAUUCGUCAAAUUCUUCUUGGUUUUGCCGUCAAUGUGGACAUUCUCCGAAAUCUGAAAUCGAUCUUUUCCUUCACUACAUCCAAGUUCAUUUGAAGCCAGCAUACGACAAACAUCAGAGCAAUUCUUUCAAGUCGAACGUUUUUCAUUUGAAGUGUCCAAUUCGGUCGUGCACAAGUCCAGAAUUUCAGUCACCGAAAGCAUUUGAGAAGCAUAUGAGAACAGCACAUGCUGCAGAACUUCCGUUUGAAGCAUCAUGUUGUGACGCCAGAUUUGCGUCGAAGGCGUUGUGUGUGAAGCACGAUCAAGAACAUGCAUCAUUUCUAGACUCAAAUGGUACCGAUGCUUCAUGCUGUCCGAUCUGCGGAUCACUGAGCAUGUGGUCACUUCCAAAAGACCCGCACACGGAUUGCCUUCAAUCUCACAUCAUACGCCACGGGCUCGACUAUCGUUCGUCAUGCCGACAAUGCUUGAAACAAUUCCCUGCCGACGUCAAUCAAGACCAAGUGAUUGCACACAUUCUGGACACUCAUGGAAUGAGCAUGCACGGUAAUACUUUCCAUUGUAACUUGUGCACUACGGGUACGAAGACGGUAGAAGAAUUCGCAGAACACUGCAGGAAGGCUCAUGUGUUCCACAUCCUUGUCAAAUCAUCUCACUCUACGCGCGGUGAACUUGUCGUGACAACUGGCCAAGAAUACGAAAAUUACGUUGGACUUAAAUCAGUUACAAGGGCAUCUUUGAAUAGUAUUUCUUCGCAAAGAGCUUCGAAUGCAGGAGAGACGGCUCAGCCAUCAGUUUUGUGCGCCGGAAGUGGAAAUGCAGCGUUGUUAACUAUUGCUGCAGCCAUUGGAGAACCAGAAACUUCAAACAAUACAGCCGAAGUUCUGACACUGGAUUAAACUUUUUAAAAAUUAUUUUCUUAUUUGAUCUCUCUAAACGAAACCAAUCACUUUCUGUAAAUGAUUCAAUUAUUCUUAAAUUAAUGUUAUUUGUCAAAAUUAAACAAUAUCCACUUCCAUUUUUUCUGUCUAACUAUUAGACGCCAUCUGAUCGAUCUCACCUACUGGUUUCUUUAAAUGUUCUUUCGGCUCGAGUUAAUAUAAAAUACCAGUACUUGUCUACACUUAUUCUGUUUUCUUUUUAAAUUAAACACAUUUAUUCUUCUGGACAGUAAAGUUUCAUUGAU